CAGGAGUUCCCGGAAGUAGCGCUGUACUGAAACAUUGGCGCCACUGUUUGCAGUUCCUACUGGCGCAGGAAAAACAAACCUAAAGUCAUGUCAAACUUUCUCCACACUAUCAAACAAAAUAUCCCACAGAAGGAUCCCGAGUGGGCCGUACAGGAGAAGGACCUGAGGCAAUGGGGCCUGACAGGGAUCAAGCUGAGGUCCUACCAGCUGGCUGGCGUGGGCUGGCUGACUCAGUGCCUGAAGAAUCAGCAAGGCUGUAUCCUUGGGGACGAGAUGGGCCUGGGAAAAACCUGCCAAACUAUCUCCCUGCUGCUGUAUGUAUCCGGGGCAAAGAAAGAUCAAGGUCCCUUUCUGGUUCUGAGCCCGCUGUCCGUGAUGACCAACUGGACGGAGGAGCUGCAAAGAUUUGCCCCAAGCCUGUCCGUGGUUUGUUACUCUGGAAAUAAGGACACAAGAGCUGAGCUGCAGAAGGAUCUGAGGAACAAGCAGUUCCACGUACUGCUCACUACCUACGAGAUUUGUCUCAAAGAUGCCUCAUUCAUGAAAAGGUGGCAGUGGAGGGUGCUUGUUGUGGACGAGGCCCACAGGCUGAAGAACCAGAACUCUUUACUGCACAGAACCCUGUCCGAGUUUUCGGUAGGGUUUCGACUGCUCCUGACCGGGACGCCCAUCCAGAACAGCCUGCAGGAGGUCUACUCAUUGCUCAGCUUCAUCCAGCCCAGUAUCUUCCCCCAGGAGGAGGGGGACUCCUUCAUCAACACCUACUCACCAGUGCAGUCCCAGCCCGAGCUCGCUAGUGAACUGCACAGUGUCCUGCAGCCUUUCCUGCUGCGCAGAGUCAAAGCUGAGGUGGCAGCAGAGUUGCCCAAGAAGACUGAGGUUGUAGUCUAUCAUGGCAUGUCAGCUCUCCAGAAGAAGUACUACAAGGCCAUCCUCACCAGAGACCUGGAUGCAUUUGAGAACAAACAGGGAAGCAAGACGAGGCUAUUGAACAUACUCAUGCAGCUGAGGAAGUGUGUCAACCACCCAUACUUAUUCGAUGGGGUGGAGCCGGAGCCUUUUGAGAUGGGAGACCACCUCAUCGAGGCCAGCGGGAAGCUGCAUCUCCUGGACAGCAUGCUGGCCUUCCUGCACCAAAGGAGCCAUCGAGUGUUGCUGUUCUCUCAGAUGACACGGAUGCUGGACAUCCUGCAGGACUACAUGGAGUACAGAGGCUACAGUUACGAGCGGCUGGACGGGUCCGUGCGCGGAGAGGAGCGUAACCUCGCCAUCAAGAGCUUCAGCCACCAGGACGUGUUUGUGUUCCUCCUGAGCACCAAGGCUGGGGGAGUGGGGAUGAACCUGACAGCCGCGGACACGGUGAUCUUUGUGGACAGCGACUUCAACCCCCAGAAUGACCUGCAGGCUGCGGCCCGUGCCCACAGGAUUGGACAGACAAGGCCGGUGAAAAUAAUCCGCCUGCUUGGGAGGGACACAGUGGAGGAGAUUGUGUACCGGCGCGCCGCCUCUAAGCUGCAGCUCACCAGCACGGUGAUCGAGGGAGGGCAGUUCUCUCUGCUGGAGCAGGCAGAAGCCGCCUCAGCAGGUCUCCAGCCUGAGUGCUCAGCAGCAAGUCAGACUGGAGUAGCAUGUGUCAGUGACCUGUGUGCUCUUUCUUCCUGCGUCCUGCGGGCGGAUCUGUCCCCGUCAGCUGAGCGAGAUCCUCAAGUUUGGAGUGGACAAGCUGCUCUCGUCGGAGGAGAGCUCCAUGCAGGACGUGGACCUGGGGAUGAUCCUGGGACAAACCCAGCAGGGCCGGCGCUGUGCUCUACUGAAAUAAGCAACCCUAGCAAGGAAGCAACACAACACAGAGCCCGAAACAGAGCAGAUGCAAUCAGAAGUGCCAUCUGCGGCACCCAACACAGACAGUCCAACAAGAAUGAAGCACACAUGUAUCUAUAUGAAGGCAAGGACUACUCCAAGGACCCCAGCGCAGAGGACCAGAGGAGCUUUGAGCAGCUGCUGGACCUGCAGAGGGCUCUGACGGAGAAGGCAGGGACAGAAGGACGAGCUCUCCGGAACAAAUCCAGUGUCCUCCUGUCCGGCCCCCUGGGGGCUCCGCUCCGCAGGAAGAGGGUGCUGAGCGAGGAAGAGCUGGAGCAGAGGCGGCAGAGGAGGAAGGAGGCCGCGGCCAAGAGGGCCAAGCUGCGGGAGGAGAGGCAACAGCAGAGGGAGGAGCAGCAGCACAAGAAGAAGAUGGCAUGGUGGGAGUCCAGAGGGUACCGUUCUCUGUGCGUGCCCUCGGAGGACAGCGAGGAAGAGGAGGGCGGGGAGGAAGACAAUGUGAGCCUGGCCUCCACAGACUCGGAGCACACGGGGCUUCGCUACGUGCUGGGGGACGUGACUCACCCUGAGGCCGCCCGGGAGGACGCCAUCAUCGUGCACUGCGUGGAUGACUAUGGGCACUGGGGCAGAGGCGGACUCUUCACGGCGCUGGAGGUCCGGUCAGAUGAGCCCCGCAGGAAGUAUGAGCUGGCUGGCAAGAUGAAAGACUUGGAUCUCGGUAGUGUGCUGUUGUUCCCCAUUGAUGACAAAGAGUCCAGGAUGGACGGGCAGGACCUACUGGCACUGAUAGUGGCACAACACCGCGAUCGCUCCAACAGCUUGUCCGGGAUCAAGCUCACGGCUCUGGAAGAGGGCCUGAAAAAGAUCUACAGGGUGGCCAAGAGGAAGAAAGCAAGUGUCCACCUGCCACGAAUCGGACACUCCACCAAAGGGUUUAACUGGUACGGCACAGAGAGGCUGAUCCGCAAGCACCUGGCCUCCCGGAGUAUUCCCACCUACAUAUAUUAUUAUUCCAGGAAGAGCUCCUCCGUGAUGUCCUCAGCCUCUGCCCGCGCAUCUCGUGGGAGUGGUCCGCCCGGGAGCACUGAGGCAGCGGGCAGCUCAGCUCAGAGUGACCCGCAGAGCUCUACCAGCAUGGCUGAAUUCAUGAGUGGAGUCCAGGUGUAUUUCUACAACAUCGCCGCUUCAGAUCGGAAGAGACUGGGCCAAUUCCUCGUUACAUACAGCGGCAGCGAAGACGAGGUGAUGAGCGCUGAAGUCACACACAUUGUAGCUGAGGUGGAGAGUCCAUUGCACACGCAGGAGCUGCAGGCACUCCGGACGCAGUACCCACAGGCCCUCCCUGUACAGAAGAGCUGGCUGGAGGCCUGCUUCUCCCAGCAGAGGAAGGUCAGCCCAGCUCAGCACCAGAUCGACCUGAACUGACACGCCUUUGUCAACAGUUCUUUUCUACAGGGGAAGGGGUUCUGCAUUCAGGUGUUACUUUGUGAAUGAAAUAAUAAAAGUUCCCAAUGAAUUGUUUUCAGAAUCCUG